UAUAAAAAUCUAUAAAAUAUAAUGUCAGUUCAGAGACUCUUCAAAGACAAUCCUCGGAAUCUCAGAUAGAUAGAUCUGUACGGAGUCAAGACUCGGGCACGAUUCGACUCGGAAUGGACUCGGACGAUGAGCAGAGAAUUCCCCUGAGCCGGCGACCGGAGUGGUCCGACGUCACUCCGGUCCGGCAGGACGACGGUCCGGAGCCGGUUGUCCCGAUCGCCUACAAAGAAGAGUUCGCCGAGACCAUGGACUACUUUCGAGCCCUCUACUUGGCCGACGAGCGCUCCACUCGGGCGCUUCAACUCACCACCGAGGCCAUCCACAUGAAUCCUGGAAAUUACACUGUAUGGCAUUUUAGGCGUCUAAUACUUGAGGCACUUAAUGCUGACUUGCAUGAUGAAUUAGAUUUUGUUGAACGUGUUGCCAGUAAUAACUCCAAAAACUAUCAGAUUUGGCAUCAUAGACGGUGGGUUGCUGAGAAACUAGGAACUGACGCUGUGAAUAAGGAACUUGAGUUCACCAGGAAGAUCUUCUCCAUUGAUGCUAAAAAUUAUCACGCCUGGUCGCAUAGGCAGUGGGUUCUUCAGGCUCUAGGAGGGUGGGAGGAUGAACUUGACUAUUGUCAUCAGCUACUUGAAGAUGACAUUUUUAACAAUUCCGCUUGGAAUCAGAGAUAUUUUGUUGUAACAAAAUCUCCCCUCCUGGGAGGCUUAAAGGCCAUGAGGGAAUCUGAAGUAAAUUACGCAGUUGAAGCCAUUUUAACCAAUCCUGAGAACGAGAGCCCAUGGAGAUAUCUUCGAGGCCUUUACAAGGAUGUCACCCAAUCUUGGAUAAAUGAUCCUCAAGUCUCUUGGGUAUGCUUGAAGAUUUUGAGUGCCAAAAAAAAUCACAUUUUUGCUCUGGGUACGCUUUUGGAUCUUCUAUGCCAUGGUUUCCAUCCAAGCCAAGACAUCAAAGAUGCUUUAGAUGCUCUGAAUACAGAAUCUGAUUCAACAGAAUCAGAAUUGGCAAAAUCAGUUUGUUCUGUCUUGGAACGCAGGGAUCCAAUGAGAGCAAGUUACUGGGGAUGGCGCAAGCACAUGCUUCGUGAUCGGGCAGUUUAAUGUCGUAUUGGCUGCUUUGAGACUGUCGAUUGAUACGGGGCCUGCCUCCAUUUCUGCUAUUAGUCUAUUUCUCAUAAUUUUAGCAUUUGGGUUGUGUUGUGAGUUAGCUAUAAGUCCAUUCUGUUCAAGAACUGCUUUUAUUCACUUCGAAGGCAGCUUUCGGCACCUGUUGAUUAAACACAGGCAACUUCCUAGCUGAACUUGUUUGUGAAAGAGCAUGUCUCCAAUUUACUGGUAGUAGUUACAUUUCCAGCUUUGCAGCUUUUCGUGGAAAUGUAAACAUCCCAUGUAUUUUAGAAUAUUAUUUAUACCGUAUAGUUUUCUGUUUUCUUC